GGUUCGUAAGAAGAACCUACCAUUCAAUGGGACCGAACUAUAUGUGGCAUGCUGAUGGCUAUGACAAACUUAAACCAUUCGGUCUGGCCCUUUCAGGAUGCAUAGAUGGAUUUUCACGUAAAGUACUGUGGCUUGAAUGUGGACCAACAAAUAAUAACCCAAAGGUGAUCGCUCAUAAUUUCCUGUCAUGUGUGCGAAACCUUGGUGUCAUCCCCAUGAGAUUGAGAACUGAUUGCGGCACGGAGAACGGCAUUAUGGCUGCGAUUCAGUGUACCCUACGUCACCAUCACUAUGACUACUACUCUGGAGCGUCCAGCCACAUGUAUGGCUCAUCCACUAAUAACCAGCGCAUUGAGUCCUGGUGGUCCAUAUUCAGAAAGGGAAGAUCCCAGUUCUGGAUGGAGUUAUUUGCAGACCUCCGAGAUGCAGGAUACUUCAACGGGAGUCAUGAGCAUCAGUGCCUAUUGAGAUUUUGCUAUGGUGAUGUUCUUCAGAAGGACUUGGAUGAGUGUGUGAGACUGUGGAACAGUCACAGGAUUCGCACUUCCAGAACAGCGUCAUGUCCAGGAGGAGUGCCCAAUGAACUGUACUACUUACCACACAGAUUUGGCUCCAGAGACUGUGGAUUUGAAAUUGAACACACUGAAUUGGAUGGCUUUCCUGAGGCAAGCCUAUCAAUAGCUACAUGUGGGGACCCAAACAUGCAGGAGUACUUGGACUUUGCUAUGGAGCGCCAUCAACUACGAAGCCAGAAAACUGGAGUCUGCAACAGGACUGUACAUGAACUAAAGAAGAAAUUGCUCAGCUAUAAAACAAUCAAAAAGUUAUAG